GAAGCUGGACUGGGAGGUAGGACGUUGGGCAAAGCUGCGUGGGCCGAGCUCGACAGCUCUUACUGAACUACUUCAAAUCGAAGGUGUCCGGGAUUCACUGGGAUUAUCAUAUAAAGAUGCCGACUCCUUAAAUAAGAUUGUUGAUGCCUUACCUGGGCGUCCUAAGUUUCGACGAGAGGAGGUCAUCGUAGCGGAAGAAGCCUUUGAAGUCUAUCAUCGUGAUGUACUGGAGUGUAUACAGGCACUCUACGGUGAUCCUGAGUUCGCGGCGGACUUGAUCUUUGCGCCAGAGAGGCACUACUCCGAUCCAGACAUGACGAUCCGGAUGUAUUCGGAUAUGCACACUGGUAAAUGGUGGUGGGCGACGCAGAAGGCAAUUGAGCAGGAUCAACCUGGUGCUACGAUUGUCCCUGUGAUCAUCUCGUCUGAUAAGACACAGGUGACGUUAUUUGGAAACAAGUCCGCAUAUCCCAUCUAUAUGACCAUUGGCAACCUACCAAAGGAAAUACGGCGGAAACCAUCACGAGGUGGCCACAUACUUUUGGGAUACCUGCCAACCACCAGGCUUGAUCAUAUCACCAAUAAGGCCGCCCGACGACGGACCCUCGCCAACCUCUUUCACUCAUGUGUACAACGUAUUCUCCAUCCUCUAAAGAAGGCUGGCGAAGUAGGCAUAGUGAUGGCGAGCGGCGAUGGGGUUCGCCGACGGGUGCAUCCUUUGUUCGCGACGUUCGUCGGUGACUACCCAGAGCAACUCUUGGUGACGGGCGUCAAGACGGGGCAGUGUCCGAGAUGUCCAGUCCCGCAUGACCAGUUAGGAGAAUGCAACUCCGAAGACCCGUAUGAGUUUCGGGAUAUGGAUGCUGUACUGGACGCUCUCGCAAGCAUCGCCGACGGGCCAACAGCAUUUAUCAAAGCUUGUGCGCACGCAGGGAUCAAGCCGAUCCAGCACCCGUUUUGGGAAGGGCUCCCUUAUGUGAAUAUAUUCCAGUCAAUCACGCCGGACAUCUUACACCAGCUCUAUCAAGGCGUGAUGAAGCAUUUCAUAUCAUGGGUUACAAAAGCUUGCGGGGCAGCAGAGGUCGACGCUCGCUGUCGCCGAUUUCCACCUAAUCAUCACAUACGGCUGUUCAUGAAGGGUAUCAGUACCCUGUCGAAGGUCACUGGUCGGGAACACGCCCAAAUGUGUCAACUUCUCCUUGGCUUUGUAACUGAUAUACGGCUUCCAAAUCAUCUUUCGUCAGCCCGCCUGGUGCGAGCCACACGUGCCAUACUUGAUUUCUGUUUUCUCGCACAAUAUCCAGUGCACACGGAUGAUACUCUCCGACUUCUCGAAGACGCAUUGCACCGUUUCCACGACAAUAAACAGAUCUUUGUUGACUUAGGGAUCCGGUUCGACUUCAAUAUACCGAAACUGCAUGCCCUCCUCCAUUAUCUCAUCUCCAUCAAGAUAUUCGGCACUACUGACAACUACAAUACAGAAUAUACGGAGCGCCUGCACAUAGAUUUUGCGAAGGAUGCUUAUCGCGCUACGAAUCAUAAAGAUGAAUAUCCCCAAAUGACUAGGUGGCUUGAACGCCGCGAGAAGGUUCUGCGGCACGAGAAGUACAUCAACUGGCGUCUUGCAGGCUGCCCAGCGCCAAUGCCGAAGUCAAGAGGAACCAUGGACACCGGGAAUCAUAUACGUAUGACGAGACAUCCUACCCUGAAGGCCGUACCUUUAUCGGAGGUCCGCAGCGACUAUGGUGCAACAUACUUCGAAGCGGCUCUCGCCCGCUUUGUGGCCCAAUACCACCAGCCACAUUUGACGCGCGCUCAGAUUGAGGAUGCUGCAAACCGCAUGUCCAUCCGGUUCCAAACCAUUCCCGUCUUCCACAAGAUAAAGUUUCGAAACCGGGAUCCGUUCGCACGUACUGCAGAAUUUGAUACAUCCGAUGCAGUGCAUGCAAAGCCCAUCCGUCAAGACUCGCGCGGGCGCGAUGUUCCUGCGCGGUUUGAUACAGUUCUCGUUAAUAUGGGGACUUCUGGAAAUGCCAACUCGCGGUUGCAAGGUUUUCGAGUAGCGCAAGUGCGCGUAGUCUUCGCUUUACCGCCUCGCGCCGUCGCGACCUUAUUCAAGCGACCACCGCCGGAUCACCUGGCAUACGUCGAAUGGUUCUCGGCUUUCACUGCGGAACCAGACCGUAACUCGGGGAUGUACAGGGUUGUCCGCUCAAUUCAGAAUGGGGAACGCUUGGCGAGUAUUAUACCAGUUUCUCAGAUUGAACGUAGUGUACAUCUCUUGCCUAAGUUUGGUCCUGUCGUCCCUCGGGACUGGACAAGCAGCACUGUCUUAGAUUUGGCGGCAGCAUUCUUUGUAAACCCAUUCCUAGACCGGCACACGUUUGCUACAUUUGUCUAA